CUCAGCUUUCUGCUCUGAUCCCAGUGGAUCCCUCCUGCCAAAAUGGUGGGAGGGAUCCCCACCCCAGGGCUGCAUGGAGCUGUCCGGCAAGUCUACAAGGGGAAAUUUGUUGACCGCUUGCCUGACAUCCAUGCAGCAGGAAAGCUACCACCAAUUGGAGAAACAGCAGCCACUUGUCUCACUGAUAUUUCCCCUCGGCCUAUAACUCCGCCUGUUGUAAAAAAAUUUCGAAACACCAGCAAUCCUCCUGGUAGAGAGAGAAUAUUUUAUGGCCGAGCAAACGAUCCAGAUAUUGCCUCACAUUUGACACAUGGUAUAAAAUCCGUCCCUUCGGAAAGUGUAGCAUCAUUGGCAAAUCCACCUCCCAAAACAUGCUUUCAACAAAAACUGAAAGAGAAGAAAGAAUCUAUUUAUUUAAGCACUCGUGAAGCUCCCCUUGGGAAAUCCCAUGAUCAGUCAUUAAAAUUACCCAAAAUAGUGGAUGUGAAUAAUACUCCAUUUGGAGUAGCAACCAUAAGAGAGGGUCCUGGUGGAGACGUUAUAAAUCCACCAAAGACUUUUGAUGAAGUCCAGACGGAAGCAGAAAAAGGACAUGACUUGUAUGUUCUUACACACAAUGAUUAUUACGUUGGGGAGCCAGUGAAUAGAAAAUAUGACCCAUCUACAUUCAAUAGAUUUAAUACUUAUGGAAAAGAAACACCACACUAUAAUGAUGGACGAAAUGUUAAUAGAACUUUACACUGGCACCAUGAUCUGCAAAUGAAGAAGUCAGCAAAAAUUGUGUCUAAAAGAAGUGAUGAUUUCAAGGAAAAAUUUCAGCCUCAACUUGGAAAGGUGUUAGAUCCAAUAGCUGAUACACUCAACGUUCCUCCAGAUCAUACCUUUGGAGUGCUUGUUCGUCCUGACGAAUAUGGUGUUGGGGACCUUCUUCAUUGCAGGCUUCCUAGUGAAUACCUUCGUGGUAAAGACAGAGAGCGAGCUGUCUUCACUGCAGUUCGACAGCAUUUGAAGAAAGUUAAUUACCACAACUUUGACACAUUAUUACAAGCAUUCAGGCAUUAUGAUAAGGAUGGUGAUAGGAAAAUAAACAGGGAAGAUUUGAAAAAGACCUGCUUUCAGCUCAACUUGAACUUGGAUGAUGAACUUCAGGAUGCUUUAUUUGAUUACUGUGAUUUGGAUAAAGAUGGUUUUAUAGACUAUCUGGAAUUUGUGAACUUCCUUAACUGGAAAGAAAAAAUGCCCCUUCUGGAGUGUGAAGAAAAAAUCAUUACUAAAGGUAAAAGGCCUGGUCCCUUUGACCUCAUUCCACCAGAAGGUGCAGAAACCGACGCGGAUAAAGAUGCUGUACUAAAGCAGGAAGACAUAGUGCUAAAAGAACCUGGAAGUUCAGAAAAGACACCUAGAACUCUUUCAAGACCAACAGAUCAUGUAUCUUCUGACUAUCGCACAACCUCUUCUCAAUAUAAUGCAGUUGUAGGAGGCAUUCCACCAUCAUGUUACCCACUAUAUGGUGUUCCAACCAUUCGCUCAGACAUUCCUGCUCCUCGAUUUCGGCGCAUCAGUGACAAUACUAAUUAUGGUGAUCAAGCUACUGCUUAUGCUUUGCUCAGCCCCUCUGUCUUGAACAAUAAAGGAGUGUAUGAGAGAGAUGUCUUCAAGUCAAGAUCAAAAGUGGAGAUUGCACGUAUUUUGCGCAACAUUGGUGUCCAGCUUUCAGAUGAAAGUUUUAAUGAAGUAUGGAGGCAAGCCAGCUUGAAAGAUCGUAGAGGAUUGGUGUGUAUAGAAUCCAUCAGAAAUGUACUGGAUGAGAUGCAAGCAUCAUACCUAAAAAGUAGAUAAUUUUGCUUCUCUGGAUUCUGUGAUACUGAUUUUAUUUCAUUUGCAAUUCAGUUUUCUGUAUAGGAAUGCAUAUAUAGCAAGAAAAAA